AUGUCAGGCCCAGAGCGAGCGGACGCCGUCGUCGAGACCACGCGCGGAAUCAAGCGCAAGCACCUACCCACCGAUGACCAAGACGACCUGGAGGCCCUCGACAGCGUCUUCAAGCGCAUCAAGACGGCUGUCCCGCGCACCCCCUAUGUCCUCUCCACUCCCUCCCUACACCCUUACACCUACCACUCGCGACAGGAGGCAUAUGCGUGGAUGCUGGGCCACCUGUGGCGCCAUGACGAAGAGCACAUGCAGUAUCGCACCUACCUGUACCGCGAGCCAUGCCAGGACUGCUUCGAGCUGCAGGCCGGCGAGGACGACGAGCCGGAGCAAGGCCGCUCCAAGCCUCUUCCCAACAAAGCCGACAACCAGCCAGUGAAGAGGAAGCCAAAUCUCUCGGCCUUCAAGGUCAAACAGGCAAAUGGCACCGCAGCCCCGCCGACUGUGAAGCCCUCCUCACCACCGCCCGCGCCCACCAAACAUGCGCCAGAGCAGUCGAAUGGUGUCACCAAAGCAGAGAAGCAGUCUGCGCCCCCACAGAAGCCGGGCGCAAAGUCGCCGAUACGGUACGGAGAUGGCAUAGGAAUCAUUGCUAUAGCCAGUGCACAGCUGACAGCUCAUAGAGCCUCCAAUGGCGUCCGCGACGAGCGACGAGCCGAAAAGAUCAAGACAGACGCCACACAAUCCGAAUCGCGGGUGCACGCGACCACAUCGCGGCCCAAGAGCGACUCGGUUGGGUCCAAGACGGCCAGCGUCACCCCACAUGGCCUACCGCCCAUGCUCUCGCCGGUCGAAGAGCCUCUGAGAAAUCCUCAUGGCCUUCCCGACAUUCUCUCACCCACUCUUCCGUCUAAUAUCCAGGCGGAGCUAGACAGGCUAGAUGUGCAGCGCAAGCGGGCCGAGUCUGACGUAUCCACAUCCUCGUCGGAUCGCAAGACCCAGAGUCUCGCAGUUCCGCCUGCAAACCCUCCAAAACCUGAGGCGCCAGUCAAGACUGAGAAUCGCAUACGAUCCGUGUCAAUCAAGGGCACGUCGCCAAACCCAGCACCGGUGCGUACCGGUGAAAGCGGCCGUAGUCUUGUUGUCACGCUAAAGUUCUCCAAGGCGAAAAUAUCAACGGUCAAGAACCUGUUGCGUCUACCGCCCAAGAAGAAGCCCGAGCAGAAAGAGAGCCACGAUGCUCCAGCAGAGAGGGAAAAAGAAAGGGCAAAGGAGACUCUCAUAGACAGGGGGAAAGAGCGGGCAAAAGAGGUUCCAGCGGACAGGCAAAAGGACAGGGCAGACCGGGAAAAGGAGAGGGCAAAGGAGGCUCUUGUGGACAGGGAAAAGGACAGAGCGAAAGAAGCUCCUGUCAGGCCUCCUGACGGCCCAGUUAUCAAGAAGAAGGCAGUAUCCAAAGUUGCCGCACGACGAGGAGACACUGCAACAUCCGCAGCGGCGCCUCUCUCAAGUGCGACAACUAGCGCGCGGCCCACCACUACCUCUACCAGACUUCCUGAAAAGCGGCCCAGGGCAGAAGAAGAGGCUACGUUGUCUGUACCCUCGAAGCGACCCCGGGCACUUUCACAGCAAGAUCGUCCCAUCACCCCUACCCCCGCCACCUCAUCUCCAGCCCCCGCAGCCAAAACCAGCAGUACUCAACAAAGUCAAACCCAGUAUCUCACCCCAAAGAAAGAACCCAAAGGACUCGGCAUGUUGCGUACGGCCUCAUCAGAAAGCUACGAUGCAACGCCCGGGCGAUCAGGCGCAACUCCUGCCGGGGCAAAGGCCGAUCCAAAGGCUGGUCCCACUUCUGCUCCCGUGGCAAGCAAAAAGCAGGCCGAUAUCUCUCUCCUUUCACAGACGUCUAUGAAGCUCAAUCAAAUGGGCCGCGCACUCAAGCAUGAAGCCACCAAGAUCCUCACAGCGGGCGGCAAAAUUGACAAGCAGGAUGAGAAGCGCGCGGCCAUUACGAACCUCGAGUGCAUUCUCUCCUACAUGGCCGCCUACUACGCCCAAGACCUCUCCCUCCACCUCCGCAACCGGCCCGGCGAAGUCGAACAAACGUGGAAAACGCUACUCCCCCUCUGCCUGUCCUACGCCCGCUGCACAAAAGACUUUCCCCACCUCGACGGCCUGCGCUCCUACCUCAGCUCCACCAUUGCCUCGGCCAUUUGCACCCACGUCGCCCAGCGGGCCAACCCCUCGCGCACAGCCACCUCGCACGACUCCCCGCAAGACCUCGCCCCCUCGGACCUCGCAAAACACCACCCCACCCUCGCAGACAACUUCGGCCUCCUCUCCGACCACCUCAUCAAAAUGGCCCGCCACUUCCAAGACGCGCGCGCCGCCCUGCCCAUGGACGACCUCCAGUCGCUGUACAAGAAGACGUGGGCCCAGCGAGAGACGAACCCCCGCCUCCUGCGCGAGGAGCCCGCGUCGGCGGCGCUCAGAAUCUCGAAUCCAAGCAACAACAAUAACAGCAGCAAUGGCGUGCUACGCAUGAGCGGUCCUUACUUUUUGCCCCUUGCUGCUGAUACCUCGCCCAUCCAGGCCGUUCGCUUUGGCCUCCGCUUCUUGGCGGAGUAUUGUGAGAGGGAGGGGAUUGAAUAUCGGUUUCGGGUUUGUUUGGAGCGGUCGGAAUAG